GAUAAUAGUUACGCUGAACGGUGCCCACUGGUCACCCUAUAAAUAGUGCUCUUGUGUGUAGUAAUAUUGUAGUUCUAACACAUGUCUAAAAAUAGAAAGCUUAAAAUAGACAAUUCAUCUUUCUAUUUAGCAAUACACCAUAGAGCCUGUCACCGUCUGUAUUAUCUGAUAAUGUUAGCUGUCAUAAAAGAAAGAAGUAAAGCAUUUUUGGAAACUAUAUGGGAUUCAUGGAAAGGAAAUGCUGACGAAAAGUUUGGUACGGUGUAUGGGAAUGUUCUUUACGUAUCGGAUUUAAUGAGCUUAAAAAUUGAGGAGGAGUUGAAUGAUCAGAUAAUUAAUCUUUAUUGUAGUGUACUGCAAAAACGGACGGAUCAGUGUGUACAGAAAGUGUCCCGUGCAGAUUGUCUGAUUCUGACCUCAAUUUUUGAAGGGAGGAAAAGCGUAACUUGGUUUAAAAAGGACGAUAUACAACAGUAUGACACUGUCAUUGGGUGCAUUAAUGACGGGAAGUGUCAUUGGGUUGCUGUGGUUAUGGAUGUCCAACACCAUAUUGUGACAAUUAUGGACCCGCUCAAAAUAUCAAAGAAAUUGAGAACAUAUGAAAAGAAUUUCAAGUAA